AUGGAAAUAUCAUCAGAAUUGGAGAGAGUGCUAUCUAACGAUCAAACAAGUGCUCCUUAACUAUAAACAAGUAAAAACUCAGGCUCAGGUAGAUAUGACAUUGAAAGAGAUAUUCUAAAUGAAAUGAAAGAAUUUACUGAAAAACAGAAAUGGGAUGAUAGUAUGUCAAACGAUAGUAAUCUAGAUGAAGGUCCUGAUGAUCUUGAAAACACUGGAUAACAUCUUCAAUAUCUAAGUACUAAAGCACUAAGUAGAAAAAGGUCUCAAAACAAAAAGAAUCUUAAUCUACACCUAAUUUAAUCUAGAAAUUCAAAUAAAGUAGAAAAUCUGACAUGCGAAGAGUUAUUUAUAAAAAUGAAAAAGGAAAUGAUAAAGCUUUGUAAUGACCCAUUUAAUAUCGAGGAUAUGAUUAUUUCAGAUAGCUACGUCUACUUUAAAAUUGGAAGAUUCUUCAAGUUCUUUGCUUAUCACUUCCUCUAUUUCUUUAUAACAGGCCCCUUGACAUUCAUAUUCUUACUUCCCUUUGAGAAUCUAACUUUCUAAAGAAAUAUGGGUUUUUAUGGAUUCAGUACAUCUUCUUUCUUUUAAACAUUUCAUUGGUUAUUCCUUAACAUUGCUUUUUAUUCAAAUUUAAUAUUGGAUAAAGAUGAAAUACUUGAACCAGUGGAAAUAUUAAUGGCUUUAAUUGUUACACUAAUGCGAUGCUUUAUAGUAGCUAUUAGAUAUGCUACUACGACUGAUUCAAGAAUAUAGUUAUAAUCUGAAAAGAUCUUCACAUAGGAUGAGAAUAGCAAUGAAUUUUUGGGAGUAGGUUGGAGAGAUAUUCGACCUAACUAAUUAGAUGGUGAGAUUAAACAUAGUAUGAUCAGAAAUGAGGUUGAAAAUGGCCUGUUUCAUUUUAAAUUUCUGGUUAAAAUAAAUGAAGAAUAUUUAUAGAGGUUUUCUGACUAUGAUUAUCACAAAAAUAAAGAGUAUGACUUUGAGCUUGAAAAAAAGAAAGUGAACUUUUAUGUCAAUCUGCUUGUCUAAGCUUCUUAAAAAAUUACUUUAAGAUCAAGUGGAAGAAAUAGUAUAGUAGCUCCAUCUCCAAAAAUAAUAAAUGAAAAAAAUAAAUUUUUUGAGGAAAAACAUUCCUUCCUAGAGAUACCUGAAAAAGCUGAUCUUUACAGGGUUACUUCUGGUAGAUUAUUCCUCAAAGAAUUAUUACUCUCAUCAAAGGUAUUAACUAAAAUAUUGAGUAAAAACAUAAUUAUGAUAGUCUCUCUAAUUCAUGCUUUGCUUCCCUUUGUGAUAAAUUUGCUUAAUACCUUAAAUUCAGAGCAUAUUGAUGAGAUUCAAUUUAAGAAAUAUUAUAGCCCAUUGUUUUGGGUCUAUACGAUACUUCUAUUCAUUACAAACUUCUUGAUAUAUUAUGUCAACUUGGUAUUUCUUGAAAUCGGUGUCAUAGAUAUGAAAAGAAAGAAAUUCACUAUGAAACUCAUGGAAGCAAUCUUAGAGCCGAAUCGAUUUAAACUUAAAAAAUAUGAAAAGGUAUUCCCAUUGUUGAAUUACUUUGACCCUCAAACAUUAUUAUCUUGGAUGGACAUGAGAAUAAUGAUUCUUGAUGUAGGGAGGAGAUUCACUAUCAGAAUAGAACUCUAUGCUAGUGUUUACCUUAUUGUAUAUUCAGCAUUUGGAGCCUUUUAUCUAUGCUGGUUUUUUGAGGUGUUGGACUUCAAAUUCAGUACUCCUCUUGUUGUAAUGGGUGCCUUCGAAUUAUUAAACUUCUUUUACUUUAUCUAUUGCAUGUUCUAUACUGGAGCGAUUAUCAAUGAAAUUACAACUAAGUAGAUUCUAAGAGUAUCUGAAUUAAGAAAUGUUCUUGAAAGGUUGAUAGUAGAUUGGGACAGAAUAAUGUCUCCAGUUCAGAUUAAAUGCAACAAUUUGCUAAAUAAAACUUUUAAAGAUGCUUAGCUGUAUUUCUAGUAUAUACAUUAGGAUUUUGGUUAAAAGCAUUGUAUGAGGAUUUUAAAUAGAUCAAUGGAUGUUUUAGAAAUUAUUUAGGAUAGAUUAGAUAAAGAGUAACUUUACAAUCCAAUCCGUAUUCUUGGAAUACCUCUAAAUAAGACUAUAAUGCAGGCUAUUAAUACCUCAUUAUUAUCUUUGGCGGCUGCGAUGACAAAUAAAAAGACUGGCAUAUUAUAGUGA